GUUAUCUCAUUCUAACGCGCCAAGUUCUGUUAUUAUAAAACAGCUGGAGCACUUGCUCAACAGAGAAGCACUUCAAUACUGCAACAUGAUGGGGCUGCUGCUUUGCUUCCGCAAACACAAUAUUCUUUUCUCUUUCUUCUUCUUAAUCCUUCUGCACUCAGCUUCUCCUGCCCUUGCCACCGUCGAGGCAGCCACAGCCAGCAGAACCACCAUUAGUAUUAUUGGUGGAGAUCAGACUGAUAAGAUGGCCUUGCUCGCAUUCAAAGCUCGCAUAACUCACGACCCUCUUGGGGUUCUCAGCUUCUGGAACGAUUCUCUGCAUUUCUGUCAGUGGCCAGGAGUAACCUGUAGCGGUCGUCAUUCCCCCAAAAGGGCCACACUCUUGGACCUCAGUUCACAAGGUUUGGAGGGUUCUAUUUCACCAGACAUCGGAAAUCUCAGCUUCGUUGGUGAGAUCAGGCUCCUAAACAACAGCUUACAUGGUGAGAUUCCACAAGAGAUUGGCCGUUUGUUCAGGCUAAGAGCUCUAGACCUCAGCAACAACUCACUGGAAGGCCAAAUCCCAUCCAACCUCUCCCGCUGCUCCAACCUCAUGUUGCUUGCACUCAAUCACAACCACCUUGGAGGCAACAUUCCAGUGCAACUUGGGUCGCUGGUGAAGUUGGAGGUUCUUAGACUUAAUCACAAUAAUUUGACAGGAGAUAUCCCACCUUCUUUGGGUAAUCUUUCAACCCUUGUUAGUCUUUCUGUAUCAAUAAAUAACUUAGAGGGUAGCAUUCCUGAAUCAUUUGGAAGAUUGACAAGAUUGACUUUUCUAGCAUUGGGUGCCAACAGACUAUCUGGUACUAUACCUCCCUCAAUGUACAACCUUUCCCUCAUUACUACUUUCUCUGUGGUAGCUAAUAAUUAUCUUGAAGGGAGUCUUCCAUUUGGUCUGGGCCUCACUCUUCCUAAUCUGCAAGUGCUGAACAUUGGGGGAAACCAAUUUUCUGGACCUAUCCCUGUUUCUUUGUCCAAUCUUUCCAAACUUGAAUUUCUUGACAUAAAUGGUAACAAUUUUACUGGGAAGGUGCCUAUUGAUUUCAUGGGAUUGGGGAAUCUAUCAUGGUUGGCCCUGAAUAACAAUCAUCUAGGGAGUGGAGAUGCAGAUGACCUCAGUUUUAUGGACUCAUUGGUUAAUUGUACUAGUUUGCAACUUUUGGGUCUAGAUGGCAACCAUUUCGGAGGGGUGCUGCCUAGUUCUAUUUCUAAUCUCUCAAUCAAUCUUGGAUUAUUGACACUAGGAGAUAAUCAAAUAUCUGGAAGAAUCCCAGAAGGGAUAGGCAACCUUGUGAAUUUGAAUGUAUUGGGAAUAGAACUCAACCAAUUAACAGGCAAUAUUCCCAAUUCUAUUGGGAUGCUUCAAAAUCUAGUAAAGCUUUCUUUGCAUAGAAAUUCUUUAUCAGGGCAAAUACCAUCUUCUCUAGGAAAUUUAACACUAUUGACUGUACUUGGUCUUUCCAUAAACAACUUCAGUGGUAGCAUUCCUCCAUCCAUUGGAAAUUGUCAAAAUUUAAUCUUUUUAGAUCUUUCUGAGAAUAAUCUUACUGGUGCAAUACCUAAACAAGUUAUUGGUAUUUCAUCCUUAUCAAUUUUCCUAAUACUUUCUCAUAACCAUUUGACUGGUCCUCUACCCAUGGAAGUGGGUAACUUGAAAAAUCUUGUAUCAUUAGAUCUUUCUGAGAACAAACUGUUUGGUGAAAUUCCAGACACACUUGGUAAUUGUGUGCGUCUUCAAUAUCUUAGUUUGCAGGGUAACUUCUUUCAAGGACCCAUUCCUCCUUCUCUGAGAUUUUUGACAGGUAUUGAAGAAAUGGAUCUUUCACGAAAUAACUUCUCAGGCAAAAUUUCAAAAUACCUAGAAAACCUCCCCUCCUUGUUAUGGUUAAAUUUGUCUUUCAAUGAUCUUCAGGAUGAGAUACCAGUAAAAGGCUUGUUUCAAAAUGCAAGUUCUUUUUCAAUCAUUGGGAAUAGUAGACUUUGUGGAGGUAUUCCUGAGCUACAUUUGCAGGCAUGCCCUGUCCAUGAAUUGAAGGAACAGGGAAUGUCUCUUGCGUCCAAGUUGAAGAUUGCCAUCGGUAGUGGUGUGGUUCUUGUGUGUUCAAUCUUAUUGAUUGUUCUUGUUUUAUAUUGGACGAAAAAGUCAAAAAAGACUCUGUCUUCUACAUCUUUAAAGGACGGCCCUUUAAAAAUCUCUUACAAGGAGCUCUUAGAAGCCACCAGUGGAUUCUCUUCAUCUAAUUUGAUUGGUGCGGGUGGUUUUGGUUCUGUUUAUAAAGGAAUUUUGGGUGAUAGAACACUUGUUGCCGUGAAAGUACUCAACCUUCAGCAAGGAGGAGCUUUCAAGAGCUUCCUGGCUGAGUGUGAAUCCUUGAGGAACAUCCGACAUCGAAAUCUCCUCAAAAUUGUCACUUCUUGCUCAAGCAUAGACUUCAAGGGAAAUGAAUUCAAAGCUUUAGUUUAUGAGUUCAUGAUCAAUGGGAGCUUGGAUAUGUGGUUACAUCCAAAUGAAGAUGAUGCAGAAGAACAACUGAGAAAUUUAAGUCUCUUUCAAAGGCUAAAUAUUGCAAUUGAUGUGGCUUCAGCAUUAGAUUAUCUUCACAACCACUGUCAAGUGCCAGUUGUUCAUUGUGAUUUAAAGCCAAGCAAUGUCCUUCUCGAUGGUGACUUCACUGCCCACGUGGGUGAUUUUGGGCUAUCAAAAUUUCUUUCAGAAAACAAUGGGAAGAUCUCUCUGAAUCAAACGGCCAGCUCAAUUGGCCUAAGAGGAUCUGUUGGAUACACUGCUCCAGAGUAUGGUUUGGGGGCAGCGAUUUCUACCCAUGGUGAUGUGUACAGCUAUGGAAUUCUCUUGUUGGAGAUGUUUACUGGAAAGAGACCCACUGAUGAAAUAUUCAAAGAUGGCUCAAAUCUUCAUUACUUGGCUAAGUCAUCUUUGCCUAAUCAAGUAAUGGAUUUUGUUGACCCAAUAUUUCUCCACGUGGAUGAAGAUGAAGAAGACACCUUCAAAAAUAAUGAGAACCAGAGAAUGAGAUACAAAGUGCAGCAUUGUCUGGUUUCGGUAAUCAGGAUUGGAGUUUCCUGCUCUAUGGAAUCGCCAAGGGAACGAAUGGACAUGAAAGAUGUGGUCAACGAGCUAUGUCUCAUCAGGGACAUUUAUCUUGGAGUUGCAACUCAUAGAAGGGAUGAUGAUUUAAGUGUUCUGAUACACCCUUAGCACACUUGAGGCUGUAAGAAUUGUUGGUUGCCCUAAUUGUCUGUGAAUAUACACCUUGAAGUUAGGUUCACUUCAUGUCUCCAGACAUUGGGUGAUUGAAUUGUUUUAAUACUGAUUAUGACUUUUCUAUGAACCAUAUUCUUGUCAUUAACGGGAGCAUAAAGGAAAUGGGUUUGACAUCAUGGAAGCUUGAAGACUUGAAGCUCUCUUUUAGCCUGAAGAUCCUGAGUGCAAGACAUCUUUUCAGAUCCCUCCAAGGCAGGGUGGUUUGAAAGGUAAUACUGAUGCAGGUUUCAAGGGGGAAAGUGUAGCGUCUUUCGGCAUUGUUGUGAGAGAUUGCCAUGCAGGUUUUGUUACUACCAAAGGUGGGCCGAUUAAUGCUGGCUCUGUUCUGGAGGCAGAAGCGCUAGCCAUGCUUCAAGGGGUCAAGUUUGUUUUGAAAUUAGGUGGCUAUCGCUGUAUUCUGGAAUCUGACGAUGCCCAAUUGAUUCAAUGUUUGGAUAAGAAUGGUGCCUCCUGUAUCAAGGAAAUUUUGUUGAUGAUCAUGGACAUUCUAUCUUAUGCUGAUAAGUAGGUCUGUUUCUCUCAACAGAGUAUCAAACUUGGUGGCUCACAGAAUUGCUGAGAAAGGUAUUAUAAGAGUUCAGGUUAUCUGAUGUGCUGUACUGCUGUCCAUGGAGAGCUGUGGUAAUUAUAUUGGCUUGGCAUCCAGUGUCUGUUAAUAGGGGUGAGCAUGGGCCGGUUCAGUUCGGUUCCAUGGCAGAACCUGGAACCUACCCUAUAGGAGUUGGUUGCAGGUUUUGGGAACCAGAACCUACCUUGCGAAGGUUGGUGGUGGUUCUAGGGUCGGUUCUAGGGUCUACCCAUGGAAUUUGUACUUUCUUUACUCUCCUCCACAAAAAAGCAUGUUCCUUAAAACAUGAUUUUUAGUAAAUAAAAUAUAUAGUCUAAAACUUAUAUUAA